GAUACAAAUAAUAUAUGAAGGUAAUUCUGGUUCCAAAAGCAAUCAUGAUCAGAAAAUGGAGAAACAAUUUGAAGAAAAGGAAAAUGAACAACAACAUUAAUAGAAGCAGCAUAGCAAACAAAUGGAGACAACUAAGCGGCGAAAACAAUUGGAAUGGUCUAUUAUACCCUCUAGACAUAGACCUACGACGCUACAUAAUACACUACGGUGAAAUGGCACAAGCAACAUACGAUGCUUUCAACACCGAAAAAGCAUCAAAGUUUGCGGGUAGUUGUAGAUAUGCAAAGAAUGAUUUCUUCUCAAAAGUGUAUUUGGAAAAUGGAAAUCCGUUCAAAUAUAAUGUGACAAAGUAUAUUUAUGCCACGUCGGAAAUGGAUGUACCCGAAGCGUUUAUUAUAAAGUCUUUUUCAAGAGAGGCUUGGAGUAAGGAAUCAAAUUGGAUUGGGUACGUUGGUGUGAGUAGUGAUGAAGGCAAAGAUGUGUUAGGAAGAAGGGAUAUUGUUAUUGCUUGGAGAGGAACGAUUCGGAGUUUGGAAUGGGUUAAUGAUCUUAAUUUUGUUUUGGUUUCAGCUCCUAAACUUUUUGGUAAUAAUAUUAUUGAUCCUAAAGUACAUCAAGGUUGGUACUCCAUUUAUACCUCUGAAGAUCCACGUUCCCCCUUCAAUAAGACCAGUGCCCGAAACCAGGUGCUAAGUGAGGUGAGAAGGUUGGUGGAAAAAUACAAGAAUGAAGAAAUAAGCAUAACAAUAACUGGGCAUAGCUUAGGUGCUGCAAUUGCAACUCUAAAUGCAGUGGACAUUGUUACAAAUGGGUAUAACAAACCAAAUGAUUCAUCUAUAAAAGCAUCACCAGUUACAGCCAUAGUAUUUGCCAGUCCAAGAGUUGGUGACACAAAUUUUCAAAAGGUUUUUUCUGACCAGAAAGAUCUUUCAACCUUACGCAUUCGAAAUGAGUUAGAUAUUGUUCCAAACUACCCUUUUAUUGGGUAUUCAGAUGUUGGUGAGGAGUUGAAGAUUGACACAACAAAAUCUAUGUAUUUGAAGAGUCCAGGGAAUCCAUUAAGUUGGCAUAAUUUGGAGGCUUAUUUACAUGGAGUAGCUGGAACACAAGGGAGUAAAAGAGGGUUUAAACUUGAGGUUAAUCGUGAUAUUUCACUUGUGAAUAAAACAUUGGAUGUUUUAAAAGAUGAAUAUCUUGUACCAAUUUCAUGGAGGGUUGUAGAGAAUAAGGGUAUGGUUCAACAACCAGAUGGUUCGUGGAAGCUUGUGGAUCCUGAGGAUGGUGAUUUUUAAUCAAACUAUUCAUAAUUAAUAUUGAGAAUUUAUUCAUGUGAACAGUUUGAGGUCAAUAUUGUCAUUUUCUGUUGUUGUGUGUCUUAAUCUUUGCUGCUAUGUAUUUUAUUAUUUCUCCAUUCUCAAAUACCGAUUUGUAUCUAAUUAGCUCUACAUUUUCCGGUGUGCCGACCAUAAGUCUGAAAAAAAAAAUCUUCACGUAACAAGUUAUGUUUUGCUUUAUUUACGCAUUUUUAUUUGGUCAGUUGUUUUGUUUAUAAUACUUAAUAGAAUUUAAUUCGUAAUUUUUAUUAUUCAAAA